GGGCGCGGUUACUUGCGGCAAGAUGUCCAUCCGUACCGGACGGAUACGCGUGUUUCUCUUACCGUCAUCGGUGACCGUGGUGCUGGCACUGCUACUGCCGGCAACCCCAGCCGAAGCGUAUCAGUGCUUUUGUGGAGUUCGGCGUGCACAGAACGAAACCAUCUAUCCGGACAUACCGAUCGAACCGGGCGAAUGGCCCUGGCACACGCUCAUCUACUACUGGUCGGGUUCGAGACUUGAUCCGCCGGCCAAAAUCUGUGAAGGAGCCCUUAUUGACGAGCGGUUUGUGUUGGCCGCUGCUCACUGUCUGACGGUGCGUGGCAGUACCGACGGUGAGCUGCUGCCGGCGGAUCAGCUCGUAGUGCACGUUGGUGUCGUAUCGGUACAGCAGGACAAUGAACGUUCGCGACGGUUCCAAGUGCGUAACGUGACGGUGGAGGAUGAAUCGGAUCUAGCGCUGAUCGAAUUGCAGCUCAGUGAACCUCGAACCAUCCCGAAACUGCUGCCCGAUUCGAGUCUCUCCAGUGAGGAGGAUGGUAGUGGUGGUGGCGUUAAUCAAGUGCAAGAAGACCUAAUGCCGGUAGCUGACAGUGGCUGGAAACCUAUCCCCGUCUGCCUGGUCGAUGCACUCGACCUAACCUCACUGUACGGCACGGAAAUGUACAUACUCAACCAAAGCCAACGGAACCGGCUCGGCGGCUACGAACCGGUACGGCUCGUGCUGGACGAAUUUCUGCUCUGUUCCGGAUCUACGCUCGCCAUGAAGUCACGGUCCAUCAAUGGCACGACCGUUUCCUUCACCAUUAAAGAUCUCAACCUACCCAGCAACGAUCGGGGUACGGCACUCUACUUCAAGCAUCAGGGCACGUGGAGUCUGCUCGGAUUUACCGUGUCACGGGCCAGCCGCCAAUGGACGCCCGGGUCCGUCUGUUUGCCGAACGACAUCAUUUCCUUCGAUUGUCUCUAUCCGGCGCUCGACUGGGUGAUGGAAAACUUUGCCGACACCAACAGCUAGGAUGAGGGAUCUAUUGUGUGUCGGU